CCUGGAAACAUCAACUCGGACAGUGUGGUCCGGCAUGACUUACAGCAUCCCGUGAUCGCCCGCUAUAUACGCAUUGUGCCUCUGGAUUGGAACUCAGAAGGUCAUAUCGGGCUCAGAAUUGAAGUCUACGGUUGUUCUUACUGGGCUGAUGUUAUCAACUUUGAUGGGCAUGUUGUAUUACCAUAUAGAUUCAGAAACAAGAAGAUGAAAACAUUGAAAGAUGUCAUUGCCUUGAAAUUUAAGACUUCUGAAAGCGAAGGGGUGAUAUUGCACGGGGAAGGGCAGCAAGGCGAUUACAUCACUUUGGAGUUGAACAAAGCCAAGUUAGUCCUCAGCUUAAAUCUAGGAAGCAACCAGCUUGGUCCCAUCUAUGGCCACACGUCCGUGAGGACAGGAAGUCUGCUGGAUGACCACCACUGGCACUCUGUGGUCAUUGAGCGACAGGGACGAAGCAUCAACCUCACUCUGGACAGGAGCAUGCAGCACUUUCGCACCAAUGGCGAGUUUGACUAUCUGGACCUAGACUACGAGAUAACAUUUGGAGGCAUACCUUUUUCUGGCAAGCCAAGUUCCAGUAGCAGAAAGAAUUUUAAAGGCUGCAUGGAAAGCAUUAACUACAAUGGCAUCAACAUCACUGAUCUUGCCAGAAGGAAGAAAUUAGAACCAUCAAAUGUGGGAAAUUUGAGUUUCUCUUGUGUGGAGUCCUAUUCGGUGCCUGUCUUUUUCAAUGCCACAAGUUACCUGGAGGUCCCUGGACGGCUUAACCAGGACCUGUUUUCCGUCAGUUUCCAGUUCAGGACCUGGAAUCCCAGUGGUCUCCUGCUCUUCAGUCAGUUUGCGGAUAACCUGGGCAACGUGGAGAUCGACCUCACAGACAGCAAAGUGGGGGUACACAUCAACGGCACCCAGACCAAGAUGAGCCAAAUCGAUAUUUCCUCAGGUGUCGGAUUGAAUGAUGGACAAUGGCAUGAAGUUCGCUUCUUAGCCAAGGAAAACUUUGCUAUUCUCACCAUUGAUGGAGACGAAGCAUCAGCAGUUCGAACAAACAGUCCUCUGCAAGUUAAAACUGGGGAGAAGUACUUUUUUGGAGGUUUUCCGAACCAGAUGAGUAACGCCAGUCACACUGUUCUUCAGCCUUCAUUCCAAGGAUGCAUGCAGCUCAUCCAGGUGGAUGAUCAGCUGGUCAAUUUAUCCGAAAUAGCACAGAGAAAGCCGGGAAGUUUUGCUAAUAUCAGCAUUGACAUGUGCGCCAUCAUAGACAGAUGUGUGCCCAAUCACUGUGAGCAUGGUGGGAAGUGCUCGCAAACGUGGGACAGCUUCAAAUGCACUUGUGAUGAGACAGGAUACAGCGGGGCCACCUGCCACAACUCUAUCUACGAGCCUUCCUGCGAAGCAUACAAACACCUGGGCCAGACAUCAAAUUAUUACUGGAUAGAUCCUGAUGGCAGUGGGCCGCUGGGGCCUCUCAAAGUUUACUGCAACAUGACAGAGGACAAAGUGUGGACCAUCGUGUCUCAUGACCUGCAGAUGCAAACGACUGUGGUGGGAUACAACCCAGAAAAAUACUCCGUGACACAGCUCAUCUACAGCGCCUCCAUGGAUCAGAUCAAUGCCAUCACCAGCAGUGCCGAGUAUUGUGAACAGUAUGUCUCCUAUUUCUGCAAGAUGUCGAGGCUGCUGAACACCCCAGAUGGAAGUCCUUACACGUGGUGGGUUGGCAAAGCCAAUGAGAAGCACUACUACUGGGGAGGCUCCGGACCUGGGAUUCAGAAAUGUGCCUGUGGCAUUGAACGCAACUGCACGGACCCCAAGUACUACUGUAACUGUGACGCGGACUACAAGCAAUGGAGGAAGGAUGCUGGCUUCUUAUCCUACAAAGAUCACCUGCCCGUGAGCCAGGUGGUGGUUGGAGACACCGAUCGGCAAGGCUCUGAAGCCAAACUGAGCGUGGGCCCCCUUCGCUGCCAAGGAGACAGGAAUUACUGGAAUGCCGCCUCUUUCCCAAACCCAUCCUCCUACCUGCACUUCUCUACUUUCCAAGGGGAAACAAGCGCCGACAUUUCCUUUUACUUCAAAACAUUAACCCCCCGAGGAGUGUUUCUUGAAAAUCUGGGGAAUACAGAUUUCAUCAAGCUGGAACUGAAAUCUGCCACAGAAGUGUCCUUUUCAUUUGAUGUUGGAAAUGGGCCUGUGGAGAUCGUGGUGAGGUCGCCCUCCCCUCUCAACGAUGACCAAUGGCACCGAGUCACUGCAGAGCGGAAUGUCAAGCAGGCUAGUCUGCAGGUGGACCGGCUGCCCCAGCACAUCCGCAAAGCCCCGACGGAAGGUCACACCCGCUUGGAACUCUACAGCCAGCUCUUUGUCGGUGGUGCCGGAGGUCAGCAGGGCUUCCUGGGCUGCAUUCGAUCCCUGAGGAUGAAUGGGGUAACACUUGACCUGGAGGAAAGAGCCAAGGUCACGUCUGGGUUCAAAUCCGGAUGCUCUGGCCACUGCACCAGCUAUGGAACCAACUGUGAAAACGGAGGCAAAUGCAUAGAGAAAUACCAUGGCUAUUCCUGCGAUUGCUCUCAUACGGCAUAUGAUGGAACAUUUUGCAACAAAGAUGUUGGUGCAUUCUUUGAAGAGGGGAUGUGGCUGCGGUACAACUUCCAGACCCCAGGGGUCAGCGUGAAAGACUCAGGCAGCCGAGCAGAGAACUCUGUGGAACAGCAGAGCGUGGCCCCAGACCUGGCCAAGGAGCAGAUCCUCCUCAGCUUCAGCACCACCAAGGCGCCCUGCAUCCUGCUUUACGUUAGCUCCUUCACCACCGACUUCUUGGCAGUUGUCGUCAAACCCACUGGAGGCUUACAUAUCCGGUACAAUCUGGGAGGCACCAAGGAGCCCUAUCAUAUUGAUGUAGACCACAGGAACAUGGCCAAUGGGCAGCCCCACAGCGUCAACAUCACCCGUCGUGAGAGGACCAUCGUUCUCAAGCUUGACCAUUACCCUUCAGUGAGUUACUCUCUGCCAAGCUCGUCGGACACGCUCUUCAACUCUCCCAAGUCGCUCUUCCUCGGAAAAGUUAUCGAAUCAGGGAGGACUGACCAAGAUAUACACAACUAUAACACCCCAGGUUUCACCGGUUGCCUGUCCAGAGUCCAGUUCAACCAGAUCGCCCCUCUCAAGGCUGCCUUGAGGCAGACCAACGCCUCGGCCCACGUGCACAUCCAGGGCGAGCUGGUGGAGUCCAACUGCGGUGCCUCCCCACUGACGCUGUCCCCCAUGUCGUCUGCCACCGACCCCUGGCACUUAGAUCACCUGGAUUCAGCCAGUGCCGAUUUCCCAUAUAAUCCAGGACAAGGGCAAGCCAUCAGAAAUGGGGUCAACAGAAACUCAGCUAUCAUUGGAGGGGUCAUCGCUGUAGUCAUUUUCACCAUCCUCUGCACCUUGGUCUUCCUCAUCCGGUACAUGUUUCGUCACAAGGGCACCUACCACACGAAUGAAGCCAAGGGGGCCGAGUCCGCCGAGAGCGCCGACGCUGCCAUCAUGAACAAUGACCCCAACUUCACAGAGACCAUUGAUGAGAGCAAAAAGGAAUGGCUCAUCUGAGGGCUGGCUUACUUGGCUAGGGGCUGGGGAGGGGGGCGUCCUGAGGGAGGAGGGGAGGGCCAGUAGCACCCUGCUUCACACUCUAGAGCACAUCCUCCAAUACCAAUCAGCACAAGCUGGGGGUGGGGGGGCAAGCAACACGAGAUUCUUGACUGACCACCACACACACAAAAAAUACUUUUUAAUAUUUAUAGCCGAGUUUCCCCUUCUGUAUCCAAACAAAAUACAAAAAAAAAAAAUGCUUUUAGAGUUUAAGCAAUGGUUGAAAUUUGUAGGUAAUACCUGUCUUAUUUUGUGUGUGCUUAGAGGUGUUCUAAAAACCCAUGGUAGCAGGGCAAGUUUUCUACAUUUUUAAGAGCCCUUAGAAAGUGGAUAUUUUUUUCUCGAGAAAAGCCGAUGCACAUAACUCUACAUGGCCUCCAACAUUCUCUUCUUUUUUGCAUAUCGUCAACUU